AUGGCAUUUGCUGCGGAAACCAGCGAUUUAUAUCGUCAUAUGGGAAUGGCCUUGUACAAACGUGCUAGAUCAUAUCUUCAGGCACACGAUAUGGAUGACAUUACUCAAACCUCAAUAUCGCUAGGCCACGCACAAGCUUGGGCACUUACAUCAUGCUUUGAGGCUGAACAUACCAUGUUUGCCAAAGCUUCCAUAACCCUUUGUUCUGCUAUUCGAGUUGCACAGAUGCUAAAUUUACAUCAAGUUGAUACCGUGCAACACGGUGAAAACCACACAGUUGACAGCAUAGAGAUGGAGGAGCGACGACGGACAUGGUGGACGAUAUUCUGCUUUGAUCGAUUUGUCUGCGCCACAACUGGAUGGCCGGCUCUCAUACAUGAUCAAAAUAUCAAAACUCGCCUUCCGGCGUCAGACGAAGCAUAUGCGUACGGUCGAGACGAGCAUGCACGCUUCCUAGGAGAUCAGCUCACCGAUGCCGAACCACACUCAUCAUUCGCGGGAAGAGUCCUUACAGCGCAUAUCUUCCAUCGCACCAUUGAACAUAAUUCAGAUAACAGCCAAGGGCAAGAAACCCAAUACUUUAGUAACGAUGCUUACUGGAAAAGACACAGCGCUAUUGACAACGACCUCAAAUUCAUGCUACUGAUGUUGCCAAAGAGUCUUUGUCUUCCUGCCAACUACAAGAACCACAACGCUGUGUUUGUCAAUGCCAUGCUACACACUGCUACGAUCUGCCUUCACAGGGCAGCUUUGUGGAAGAUGAAGUCCAAUCUCCAGGGACUGCCUAGUUACAUGAUUCGAUUGUCUCAAGAUCGUCUUAUUCCAGCAGCCGAAGAGAUCCUCAACAUCUUCAGAAUGAUACCAAAUCUCAAUGCAACCUUUGCUAAUCCGCUUAUUUGCUUUUCUGCAUAUAUGGCUGCCCUCGUCUUUCUGUCCUCGACUACCCCUACCCAGUGCGAUAGCCAGAGCGAGGAAAAUCUCGAUUUUAUACUCAAGAUUAUGGUUGCCUUUGGUGAUAACAAUCUUGUCGCCAACGCUGUGGCGAAUGAAAUCGUUAAAGAGAUGACGCAGUGUGGUAUUGUGUCUGCCACAAUGGACAAGUUGAACCUGCAGAGCACGCCGAUAGAUAUUCCACUAUUGGCAACGCAGCGUCUGUAUUCGUCUUUCUAA